AUCAUACGAAUUUGGCGCUACAUUAUCUCCUAACGAUCUUUUUUAGUACUAAAGUUGUGUUGGGUUUUUUUUUCUUCAAUUGAAAACCGGGGAUGAGUUGGUCAGACAAGUUGGAGUUGUUGUUAAGGAAUUUUGAAACAAAACCGAGGAUAGAUGGUAGGUGUUGUAAACCAUUUUAUAUAGGUGACCAACAAGUUGGAGUCAUAAGACCUGAUAUAUGGCAGCAUCUUUCAAAAUAUCCUCAAAUUUUUCAUUAUAACCAAGCAUCAGAUAGUGUUACAUUGAAUCCUAACUGGAGGACAUAUGAUGAACGAAGCACAAAAUUGGAUUUGGUUCUUCAGGAAAUAAGAAAACAGAAUAUAUUCAAAACACUGGCUGGUUGGAGGGAUGAGUGUUAUGAUGUAAGUGCAAAAUUUGGUGAUCCAGCUUUAAUGAAAAUUGAAAGAUCAGCAACCUUCCAGAGCUGUGGAGUAAGUGGUGGAUUUACUGUUGGAAUGACAGUUUUGGAAUGUGUAAGAAAAGAAGCACAAGAAGAAGCAUCUUUGCCUGAUGCUCUUCUUGAUAGAAUGAGAUCUUGUGGUACAGUAAGUGGUGGAUUUACUGUUGGAAUGACAGUUUUGGAAUGUGUAAGAAAAGAAGCACAAGAAGAAGCAUCUUUGCCUGAUGCUCUUCUUGAUAGAAUGAGAUCUUGUGGUACAGUAUCUUUUAUCUAUGAAGAUGAGCGUGGUAUUUUACCAGAAACCAUGUUUGUAUUUGAUCUGGAACUUCCAAUUGAUUUUCAACCAAGAAAUAGUGAUGGAGAAGUAGAAAGUUUUCAUCUGUUGACAGUAGAAGAGACAAAACAAGUUGUUGUAACAGAAGAUUUUAAACAAACAAGCAGUCUUAUUGUACUUGAUUUUUUGGUACGUCAUGGUUAUUUAAAUGCAGAUGAUGAGCCCAAUUAUACACAACUGAUAGAAAUGAUACAUCGACCAUUGCAUCACCUUUAUGAUCAACUACUGCCAUCUUACAAAAACUCUGUAACUAAUGACUCUAAUUUAUAAGUAAUUAGUUUAUCUUUAAUUUUUUAAGUGCACCAUGCACAUCUUUUUUCAGUCAUUAUGUAUCAUAUACUCCUAUUAUCAAGAAAUUUCAUUAAAUCAUUAGACAAUGAUAGUUAAUCAUGAUAAAUUUAAAAUAUGAUAUAAAUUAUUAAGACUUGUUUAAUGAGUAGUAUUAAUUAAACCAAAUAUAGUAUCACACAUUAGUUAAUUUGAUUAUAUUUUUAGAUCUCAAUCUUUAUUUUUUUUAGGAUUUUUAAAAUAUUAAAAUCAUAACUGAUGAAUGAGGAAUUGUAAACAAUAUAGAUUGAUUUCUUUUGUAUAAACUAAGAUUGAAACAUCUUUUUAUGUGUUGUAAUAUUCAUACUGAAUCUUGUUAAUUUGAGAACCUAUCCUAUUCUAAAUAUCAUAUCUAUAUCAACUGUGAUGAAAGAUGAAAGAUAAAAAAAAAAUAUAGAAAAUAAUUAUCAAAAAUUACUAAAACAUAUUAAUGAA